AUGGCGACGAUGGGAGCAGCGCUGCAGCAGUGGAGCUUGCUCUUUUUCCUUGGGCUGCUCCUGGCCCUGUGGUGGGCGUGGCGGGUCCUGGAGUCCACCUGGAUCGUCCCGCGGAGGCUCGGCCGGGCCCUGCAGUCCCAGGGCCUCCCCGGCACGCCGUACCGCUUCCCGUUCGGCGACCUGAAGCGGUUCUCGCGGCUGGCGGCGGCCGCCCGGGCCAAGCCCAUGCCGCUGUCCCACGACAUCACGCCGCGCGUGCACCGCUUCUACCACGACAUCAUCAGGGAGCACGGUAAGAUCUCCGUGACAUGGCUCGGCCCGGCGCCGAGGGUGAUCGUGAACGACCCCAGGCUGGUGCGGGAGGUCCUGGCCAACAGGUCCGGCCACUUCCGGAAGCGCAGGCACAACGGCCUCGUCAGGCGGCUGGCCAACGGGCUGGUGAGCCACGACGGCGACAAGUGGGCCGCGCACCGCAAGAUCAUCAACCCCGCCUUUCACCUCGAGAAACUCAAGAAAAUGCUGCCGGCUUUUGCAGCAUGCGCGAACGAGCUGGUGGCACGGUGGGAGGGGUACGUGGAGUCUGACGGAGCCAAGGAGAUAGAUGUCUGGCCGGAGUUCCAGAAUCUCACCGGCGACGUGAUCUCGCGCUCGGCCUUCGGCAGCAGCUUCAGCGAGGGGAGGAGGAUCUUCCAGUUGCAGUCAGAGCAAGCUCAAAAUCUAGUGAAGAUGAUGAACACUUUGUACCUCCCGGGUUUCAGAUUCCUGCCGACCCGAAUCAACAGAAGGAUAAAGGCAAACGCGCGCGAGGUCGAGGAGCUCCUGAGAGGCAUCGUGGGCAAGCGGGAGAGGGCCAUGAAAGAAAGCCGCGCCAGCAACGACGACCUGCUGGGGCUGCUGAUGGAGUCCAACGUCGCGGAGACCAAGCAGGCCGGGAACUCGAAGCCGAUCAUGACCAUGGAGGACAUCAUCGGGGAGCUGAAGCUGUUCUACUUCGCCGGGAUGGACACCACCGCCGUGCUGCUGACAUGGACGAUGGUCGUCCUGAGCAUGCACCCGGAGUGGCAGCACCGUGCGAGGGAGGAGGUCCUGCGCGUCUUCGGCGACAACCACCCGGACUUGGACGGCAUACACCAACUGAAAAUCGUGACCAUGAUACUGUACGAGGUUCUCAGGCUGUACCCGCCGGUGGUACAACUGGAUCGGCAGGCGCACACGGAGAUCGAGCUGGGCGGCGUCACGUACCCGGCCGGGGUGGUACUCUCGCUGCCCAUCGUGUUCAUCCACCACGACAAGGACGUGUGGGGGGAGGACGCCGACGAGUUCAGGCCGGAGAGGUUCGCCGACGGCAUCUCCAGGGCGUCCAAGGACUCGCCGGCGUUCUUCCCGUUCGGCUGGGGGCCGCGGGUCUGCGUCGGCCAGAACUUCGCGCUGGUCGAGGCCAAGAUGGCGCUCAGCACCAUCCUGCAGCACUUCUCGUUCGGGCUCUCGCCGUCCUACACGCACGCGCCGUUCCCGGUCUCCACGCUGCAGCCAGACCAUGGGGCACAGAUCAUGCUCAAGAAACUCUAA